GCAAAGGGGCCCACACUCAAUUUCAUUUUUCAGAAUCCAUUAUGGCUUAUUUGCAAAAGCAAGGCAAAAGUGGUGGUGGAAGCAGGGGAUUUAGUACCUGCUCAGUAGGUGGCGGAAGAACAGGAAGCUCCCGAGUUUCUGGUUUUGGAUCAAGAAGUUUAUAUAAUCUUGGUGGAAAAAAGAAAACUUCAAUUAGUGCUACCAGCUAUCACGCUGGGGGAAGCCAUGGUAGUAGUGGAGGAGCGUUUGGUAGUGGUGCAGGAGGAUUUGGUAGUGGUGCAGGAUAUGGUUUUGGUGCAGGAGGAUUUGGUGGUGCAGGAGGAUUUGGUGGUGGAGGAGGAUUCGGUGGGGGAGCAGGAUAUGGUGGUGGAGCAGGAUAUGGUGGUGCAGGAGGAUUCGGUGGGGGAGCAGGAUAUGGUGGGGGAGUAGGAGGAUUUGGUGGCCAUGGAGGUGGCCCUGGUUUUCCUGUUUGCCCACCUGGUGGAAUCCAGGAAGUCACAAUCAACCAAAUCCUUUUGCAGCCAAUGAAUGUGGAAAUAGAUCCAGAGAUUCAAAAAGUAAAAACUCAAGAAAGAGAACAGAUUAAAGUCCUCAACAACAAAUUUGCAACUUUCAUUGACAAGGUUAGAUUCUUGGAACAGCAAAACAAAGUACUAGAGACAAAAUGGAAACUCUUGCAAGAACAAGGAUCAAAGGGUGGUACCAAAAGAAAAAGCUUAGAGCCACUUUUUGAAGCUUAUAUUAGCAAUCUGAGGAAACUUGUUGAAAAAUUAACAAGCGAGAGACCCAAUCUAGACAAUGAACUGAAGCGCAUGCAAGAAAUGGUAGAAGAAUUCAAGAAAAAAUAUGAAGAAGAAAUAAAUAAGCGCACUCAGGCAGAAAAUGAGUUUGUGGUGCUUAAGAAGGAUGUCGAUAAAGCAUAUAUGAGCAAUGUGGAAUUGGAAGGCAAAGUAAAUAACCUGAUAGAAGAACUUCACUUCUUGAGAACUCUAUAUGAUGCUGAGGUCUCACAAACACAAGGAGGAAGUGAGGAUACCUCUGUUAUUCUGUCCAUGGAUAAUAACCGAAACUUCGACGUGAAUAGUAUCAUUGAGGCAAUUAAGGAUCAAUAUGAACAGAUUGCACAGAGAAGCAGAGCUGAAGCAGAAGCAUUAUAUGACCAUAAGUACAAGCAGUUGCAAGCUGCUGCUGGAAAACAAGGUGACAGCCUGCAGAGCACAAAGACUGAAAUUUCAGAACUCAACCGUAUGAUCCAGAGGAUGAGGUCUGAGAUCGAGAGCACGAAGAAGCAUAUUGAAUCUAUAAAAGCCGCCAUUGCUAAGGCUGAGGAACGUGGUGAGCGUGCUCUGAAAGAUGCCAACCAGAAGUUGGCUGAACUUGAAGCUGCAUUACAGAAGGCCAAAGAAGACCUGGCCCGUCUACUGCGUGACCUGCAGGAGCUCAUGAGUGUGAAACUUUCUCUUGAUAUUGAAAUUGCCACUUACAGAAAUAUCCUGGAAGGAGAAGAGGAAAGAAUGUCUGGAGAAGUUGUCAGCAAUGUCACCAUCUCCGUUGCUGGUGGUUCUUCAAGCCACUCUGGUGGAGUAGGAGGAGGAUUUGGCGUUGGUGGAGGAAGUGGAUAUGGCAUGGGAGGUGGAAUAUCAUAUGGAGGAGGCAUGUCUGGCAGUGGAGGGUCAUAUGGAGGAGGCAGCUCUGGCGGUGGAUUAUCAUAUGGAGGAGGCAUGUCUGGCAGUGGAGGGUCAUAUGGAGGAGGCAGCUCUGGCGGUGGAAUAUCAUAUGGAGGAGGCAUGUCUGGCAGUGGAGGGUCAUAUGGAGGAGGCAGCUCUGGCGGUGGAUUAUCAUAUGGAGGAGGCAUGUCUGGCAGUGGAGGGUCAUAUGGAGGAGGCAGCUCUGGCGGUGGAAUAUCAUAUGGAGGAACCAGCAGUGGUCAAUAUGGUGCCUCUCAAGGAAGCCAUUACAGCCAUUCUGGAGGCAGAAGCUCAGAGGUGGUUUCACAAACAUCAACAUCCUCAGUGAAGAAAACAUAUUAGCAUAUUCCAAUGCUCUGGCGCUAGUCACCACCCUUCAACUCCAAACUGCACUAUACUUUUGUCAGUCUGCUCAAAUACAUGAAGCUUCACUAGUAUGUUCAGUUGUAUCAUCCUGGCUCAUAUCUUGUUUGUUCUAAGGGAUACAAUUGACUAUAAUGUAGACAUUCCAUACUUCCUUUAACUAUCUUAGAUAAGUUAUAUCCAUCAGUCGAAUUGUUGAAUAUAUUAUCAGGUAUUUGGGAAGUUAACACCACUGUAUUUGUCAAAACAAAAGAUCAUGACCACAUCAUUUAGAGGGUGACAUGUCCUUUAUAUUCCCUUUGUACGAAUGUAAUUGCACUCAUGUGUAUCCCUGUGACAUAACUAGGUGAGUUUGCUUGUAACUUCUGAGCUAGGUAAUGGAUGGUGCCAGUCCUGUAUGCUCCUGCUUUCUUUGUUUCUGAGAGUUACGUAAGUCAGGGAUCCGGGUGUUCGAUGUAUAUAAAUACUGUUUACUGGAUCUUUCAGCUCCAGGCUCGCAUGUCUUGUCUUUUCUGUAUAUCUUUAAUAAACUGCAUGUGAAUCUUA